GCAGCGGGGGCCGCGGCCAUGCGCAGAGUCAACACCAGCCUGUCCAGCGAUGACCUCCUCCUGGAAGACUUGGAGACAGAAGGAGAGAGGCAGCUGAAGAGCCUCCUUCACCACCAGCUUGAUACCAGUGUCUCUAUUGAACAGUGUAAAUCAAAGCGGAGAUGCUUUGCCCCUGCAGCUUUUUACAAGCCUUUUGGGGAAGAGGCCGCGGGGGCUUUGACCUUGUCACAGUUCCAGGCCCUGCAGGAGAGCGACAAAGAAACUGCAUCUCUCCGGGAACUGGGGCUCUCGGACUCGGAGAUCCUGCUCUGGAAGAACCGGGCUUCAACAGAGAAGGGCUCAGGACUGGGAGCGGCCCCUGAGGCCACGCAGGACCGACUCCAUGCCAUCCAGGAGAAGAUGGAAGAGCGUCAGCGCAUACUCUCUCUACCCCAGAGGUUUGCUGGCAGCAAGCAGCUGAGCCGGCGGGAGAUGGAGAUUGAAAAUGCACUCUUUCAGGGAACAGACCGUCAUUCCUUCCUCCGGGCGCUCUACCACCAAGAUGACACUCAGAAGAGGAUAGCAAAUGAAAAGGACCCCAUGGUUCACCUGGAGACUGUUUAUCAAGAGCUACUGAGCAAGCAGUUGCCUGAGGAGCUCCAGCCUACAAAGAAUGAUCCAUGCUUGCCCCCUUCUGUGGCCCCAAAGGGGCCUGUGUUCGAGGAAACAUUGCUCCCAGAGCAGGGAGAGCAGGCAGAGCAGGAAACAAGUACCAGCCUUCCUGCAGCAAAGCCCCAGCAGUCCCCACCAAGGCCUGUGACUAUAAAAGAGCCUGUGGAGUUUGUCCUGGAAGAAGAGAUCUGUAAGAACCGGCUCUCAGAGGAAGAGCUCCGGAGUAUCCCCAGGUUUGCCUCCUACCAUCCUGGGGAGCCCAGCAAGGUGCUGUAUUUGAAGAACUUGGGCCCUCGAGUGACAAUGAAGGACCUAGUGUCCUUGUUUGCUCGGUUCCAGAAGGAGAACAGCCCACCAGUCCAGUUUCGCCUGCUGAGUGGUCGGAUGAGGGGUCAGGCUUUCAUUACCUUCCCCGAUACUCAGUCAGCACAGAAUGCAAUGCAGCUGGUGAAUGGGUACAAACUGCAGGGGAAGCCACUGGUUAUCGAAUUUGGAAAAAGCAAGGGGCACUUGUCAGAGCCUGACACCCCCUCCCUCUGUACUGGAGAGAGCCCCCCUGACAAGUAGAGGAUGGAUAAUCUGGGGACCUUGUGGAUUUGCAUGGGCCAUGGGAACUCCUUGGCUUGGGAACUCAGAACUGGUUCAGUAAAGGACUGUUGGAAGCUAACACAUAGGUCUAUAAAUCUGCAAAUAGGGAAGGGAGAGAGUGGGGGACAAGGCUCUUUGAGUGAUGUGGGAGAAGAGAGCUCCUUCCUAGCCUGAGGCAGAGGGGAAGCUCACAGUGAGGUGAAUAUGGCCUCUGCCAGUGUAGAGCAUGGCUUGCCUCUGGUUUGAGGGCACCUGAGGAUCUUUAAGUGUUGUGUGAAAUCUGGGCUGUGUGUGCCCAUCUGUGUACAGUUCCAGCGUUGUCUUUGCACUGUUAGCAUAUACAGGCUUUUUCCUCCUGGUCUACACUUCUGUAUCUGCCUUCUCAGCCCUUUGUGGGAAAGGAGGAGAGAGGAAACUGUAUGAAUAAAUGCACUUAAAUGGUA